ACACCGUAUAUAUAUGCCGGCGUGGCAGCGGCGCGGCGAGAGGCGCGGAUCCGAGGAGCCCCGCGGCCGAGAGCGCAUCCUCAGCUGCUGCGGUUGCCACCAUGAGGGCCGUGCUCUGGGACCUCCUGCUGCUCUGCCUGUUCGCCCACGUGCUCGGCGACUGCCAGCGCGACUGUCUCAGCUGUGACCGGCACGCGUACAGCCAGUGGGACGGCUUCAAUGUGCUCGUCUGUGUCCUGGAGUGCGAGGGCAAGGCCGUGCCGCGCGCCACCUGGGAGCUCUGCGCCGCCGCCUCCGCCGGCCCUCAGGAGGAGGAGGAGGACGACGACGAUGACAAUGCCGCCGCCGCGGCCCGGCCCUUCGAGGCGGAGUCCGCCGGGCUGCGGGGUGCCGGCCCGCGGCCCGCGGUGGUGGCGGCGGCGAGGCGGGCGGCGCAGGUAAGCGCGCUGCUGCGGCAGCGGGCGGCCGAAGACGGCGGCAGCGAGGCGUCGCCGGAGCAGCCGGCCGACAUCGCGGCGCAGCGGCCGGGGGCCCGGCCGCCGGCGGAGCCGAGGCGGCGGGCGGUGCCAGCGGCCCGGGGGGUGCAGAAGCGGUACGGGGGCUUCAUCGGGGUGCGGAAGUCGGCACGCAAGUGGAACAACCAGAAGCGCUUUAGCGAGUUCCUCAAGCAGUACCUGGGCAUGUCGCCCCGCUCCAGUGAGUACGACAUAGCCGCCGACCUGAACGAGCACAACGAGAUCUAGCCGGCGCCCGCGCUGCCCCCGACACCCCGCCGACCCCCUUAGAGCAGCCAAAAAGUCAACCCUUCCUCCCCCUUCCCCCUCAGCUCGGCCCCCAAAAUGGCGCCGGAUGCGGCCCCCAAAAUGGCGCCUGACGCGGCCCCCAAAAUGGCGCCCAAUGCGGCCCCAUCCCGCCUCAGGGGGUGGCCAGGCGGCUCUUCCCUCCCCGCCUCCGCCACAGCCUCUCCUCCCGCGCCCCGCGAGGCCCAUGCGGCUCAGCCUUAGCCCACUAUUAUUUUUCUGCUUUUUUCAGCUCACGCUUUAGCUUUGCGACCCCGAUCCGUCCCCCUUCCCCCCCAACCCGGCUUCUCCCCCGUUUUUCCUCAGCGAGCGCCAUUUUGGGUGCGCAGCGCUGAGGGGCCGCUCCUCCGUGGCAGCCCCUCAAGGCAGGCCGGGGGUGGGGGGCGGGCAGGGCACGCGUUUUCUGAAGGAAAAAAUGCCAAAUUUUAAAUUUCAAAGCGUGUUUUUAAGUGUCGGCUCCCCACGGAGCAGCCGUUGAGCGGAGCUGGAGCACCUCCGUCACCCAGAGAGUGACCUGCCGCCCCCUCUUUUUACAAGGCAGCCCGGCCCCCGCCGUGGCUUAGCUCGGUGACCAGGGACGUGUUUUUCGACGUGUCCACACAGCCCUAGGAGCUCCCAGCAGGCAGAGACCUGGCUGAGGCUCAUCACAGUGAUGGGUGACUGGUCCAAAGGAUGUUUCACCAACCCCCCCAAAAAAAAGCGGGGGGGGGGAAAUGACCCUUUUGCUUUUUAAAGUGAAAUUGUUGGGGGAAUUAAGAAAAAACUAUCUUUUUUCUUUUUUUCCUAUUUUUUUCUUUUUUCUCCGAGAGGCGGGCCGGCGUUUCCCCGCCUCGUCCCCGCUGUGCCGGAGCCCCCGGGAGAGCGCAGCUCGCGGGCCGAGCCGCCCCCAGGCCCGCUCCGCUCUCGGCUCAGCUGCUUUUUUUUCCAUUUUCUUUUUUUUCUUCUUCUGUUUCGUUUGUUUUUUUCUUUUUUUUCUUUUUCUUUUUUUUUUUUUUUGUAGCGUUCCGGCACCGCGUCCCGGCACCUGCCGCCAGGCACAGGCAAAAUUAAACCCUGCUCCUGUCCACCUAGCCAGCCUCCACCUCACUCUGACGGACCCCAAAGCGCUCCAGACUCGCACGCGUUCAGAAAUCACUUUUCUCCCUACUCGAGAGCCCGCUCAUGACCGCUGUUCGCUCGGCAGCAGUUUAAGCCAGGACGCGAAGAAGGCGGCCUCCGUCGGCACCGGGAGCAAGGAAUUCCCCGGGGGCAGCGGACUGCGGGGAGGGAUUUUGGGGGG